CAAGUCACCUCGUUCCCUUGCUGGACCAUGCGACGCAGUGUUCCCGCUCCGUGGCCUUGAAAUCCAGCCCGUUGAAUUCGAGUUGAAUUUCAGCUUGAAUUUAACAUUUCGUCUGGCAACAUCAGUCGAUGACGCCAUCAUUCACGUGAUCUGAUAACUCAGUCUCUUCCCUCGCCGCCUUGCUGCAGGUUCUCGGAGCGCUUCGCCGCAGUCUUCGCGCAAUGUUCAUGACUUUCCCGACUAUCCAGAGACGAGAACCUUCCGGCGAGCAGUGCCUGCUACACGACGUCCAAGCACAAAGCCAAGUUCCGGACCAGGUUCGGAAUGAACAUCAACAAGCAGGAGUGAACCUCCAAAAGCGACCUGGCUGCUAAACAGCGCACUACAGACAAGGACACCAGAGUGCGAGAACAAGAGCGCAUACGCUGAUCGACACGGCGAAGACACGCAGUUCAUCGCAGCCGUGACAGAUGGCGCCACCAUUCCGUGGGAGUCGAAUUCACGUGUUUCGAGUGACGUCACCGCAGAGGACACCUGCUUCAGAUUUACUGUGGACCUAACCGGAGGGUUCUCGAACCAUGGAGUCCCGGCGCCACCAGAAGUCCUCCUAGCCAGCUGAAGCAGGUGCAUGGAGUUGGAUCCUCGAGCCGGUCCCGGCGCCACCAAACCAUCGAGAAUUUUUCAGCAAUCUCUAGACACCCAUCAGCUCCCUGCAGAUUGGAAGGUCGGGAAGGUGGUCCCACUUCACAAGUCCGGCAGCAAAAAUUCGCCCCUCAACUACCGCCCCAUUUCCCUCACCAGCAUUCGUUGCCACUGGACAAGAACAUGGAGGACUGUAAGAAUGUCGCCACACCUAUCACACGUCGGAGGAACACUGCCAUGAAGGAGGUUGUCCAGCAGUCUUGGAACUCACAGGACAAAAAUUCUACAGUUACGCCAAAGUUCACCAUACCAGGUCACCAAUCUAUGGACAGGGUCAGCAACAACCGCAGCCUAGCACACUCGUCUCCCGGUGCUAACAACAGGAUGCUGGAGGAAGGGCAGAACAACAUCAACGCCGUUAGCCAAGUCUCUGGAGGCACGUUGCACCGCAGCUCGGCCAGCAGCAACAUCAGCGCCAUCAACAGCCCUGAACAGCAGCAACCGCCCUCGCAGCACCACUCCAACAAGCUCCAGCGGACCCCAAGCCACCUGAAGAGCGGCCAAGCGGCCCAGAACGGACCCCAUCGCCGAACUUGGGCUCACAGCCGGAGGCCGGGACAUUACUCGGUCGAGCGUUUACAGUGCGUUUCCGGACGACAUCUAUGAGUCCAUCGACGGUGAUGCCUCCUCGGUCGAUCGCCUGUCCGACGUCCCGCCACCGCCCGCGCCUCCCCAAUCCGAGGCG